AUGUCCCAGAAAUUCGACCCAUCUUCCCCGCCAGCAUACAACCAGAGCAGCCACCCCUCGCAACCGCAACCCGCUCACGUUGGCUCUCCUGCCCCAGCUGGUGCAUCAGGAGACUACUACGGUAACCCUCCCUACCAACAGACGGGAUCCCCAGCGCCAGGAAACUAUGGGCCUCCACAACAACAGAACGGCUACUAUAACCCCGGCCCCCAAAUGGGUUAUCAACAGCAACCGCAAUACCCACCACAGGGCCAGUAUGGCGCGCCCCAUCCGCAACAGGGAUAUUAUGGCCAGCAGCAAGGUUAUGGACAGCCGCAGGGAUAUGGACAGCAAGGCUAUUAUGGGGGACAGCAGGGGGGAUAUUCUGAUAACAGGGGACCAGGUGCGGGGACUGGAGUAGCGGGAGGACUGUUGGCAGUGGAUUGGCAGCGGGAUGGCGAGGAGUGGUGGGGAUUUGACUCGCUAGACGACAUGGGACAGGCUGAAAGCUUGAAAGAGGAUGGUCUCGAAGAUGGGGUGGGCGAAAUGGAUGGGCAUUCAUGA